CCUCCUUCCGGCAGAAAUCUGCACCAGCUUUCAGUAACGAGCGCAAAUAAGGUACUCAUCUGCAGGUCACUACAACCAGAAGGAUUUUUGCAAGAUCGUCUGUUAGCUGAACUCUCAACUAAAAAGGUCAUGUCUCAGAAUUGUUCGUCGCCCUUUGGAGGAGACCUGCUCCCCGUCUUCACCUGCGUCAAUAGGACCGACAGUCUCGUUGGCAGCUACAGCUUUCUGACGAAGGCCACAGACGAUAAGAGCAUCAUCAAUCCGUGGUACCUCCACCCACACUGGCGGGUCAUGCCCCAACUCGACCCCGCCCUCAGAGUGAUUAUGGGAACGAUCAUGCUUGUUGUCGGGAUAGGUGGCGCUGUGGGGAAUUGCACAAUAUUGUACUUCCUCUUCCGGUACAAGAAGCUGCGGAAGUCUGCGAACGUGUAUGUGGUGAACCUGGCGUCGGUCGAUGUUCUGAUGUGCAUCGCAAACUUCCCGCUCUUCGUUUACAGCUGCUUCGAGGGCACGUGGGUUACUGGGUACACCACCUGCCAGGUGUACAGCUUCUUGGGCGGAGUGACUGGCUUCGUGUCCAUCAACACGCUGACCGCCAUGGCAUGUGAUCGCUACAGCGCCAUCUUCCGGCGUCACGGGGUGGCCCGGUCAGACUCCGCCACCUGCAGCCGCUCUCUGGGUUUACUCAUCUCAGUGUGGAUCUACUCCAUCUUCUGGUCCGUGCCACCUUUUUUCGGGUGGGGCCAGUUUGCCUUGGACGGCGGGAGGGUCUCGUGCUGCUUCGACUACCUCACGCGCAGCGCCAGCAACGUCUCCUACAUCGUCGCCAUCUUCAUCUUCUGCUUUGCAAUUCAGAUGGCGGUGAUAAUCUUCUGCUACGUCAGCAUGGUGGCGGCGUUCGUCCAGCGUAAGGGCGACCUCAUGGGAGGUGACUUCACAGCAGGUAGCCCCCAGUCUCGGAGCGGUGGUCACCACGAGAUGUUUGCGAGCCUCACCCUCCGUAGCAGUGCCAGCAGUGCCAGCAGCGCCAUCUUCUCGGUCACCAGCACGCCCAGCAGGGUCAAGAGGCGACGGUUGGAGCUGCGGGUCACGCGGCUGGUGUGCUGCAUCACGAUGUCCUUCUGUUUCUCUUGGCUACCCUUCGCCGUGGUGGCGCUGAUCGGAACAUUCGGAAACCCCAACCAGAUAACCCCCAUGGUGUCGACCCUCCCCGGGAUGUUGGCCAAAACUUCUACCGUGGUCAACCCCCUGAUCUACGCCAUCGGGCACCCUCACUACCGCAGGGUGCUGCAAAAGAACUGGCGUAGGGCCCGUGGACAUGGAACAGACAGAGGCUGGGGAAAGGACUGUUGUGGGUCCAAUCCAAAAACAUACAAAAGAAGGGCUUCACCGAACCUUCAAGGGACUCUGCCCAGUUCCUACUUUGCCACAGUCAUGGUGAAAACUGACUCCGAUGGAAAUGUGGACAUUCAUGCUGGGGGGAGGUAAUGUGCGACCUGCUUAUCGCUCCAUUCUCGUUAUUCCGCUUUCAGUCCAGUUUAAAACUCCCAAUAAUUCUACUAAUUGGCCUAAUGUCACGGUCAGAGUAUAGAGUGGAUGGGGGUCGUUUCAGUCUACUUGUUUUCAAAAAGAGCCCCUGCACGUAAGACACUGGACAGAUGAAGGCUCGUGCGAUUUUCUGGGCCUCACGUGCCAGCCGUGUCCACGUCCCGCCCACCUUCGACGAGUAUCAGCAAAGUUGAUUCUCUUUAGUAAGAGUGUUCAAAAAGUCUGAAAGUGUGUGUGUGUGUGUGUUGCCAGUUCACCAUCGCCAGAACAGAGAAUCUAGUGACUAGAACUCGUCUAAAAGGGGCGUGGCUUCACCUCAAGCUCUCAUAUAACAGCGGUCACUCUUGGUAUCCUCUUUGCUCUGACUAAGACCUAAACCAGCGGGUAAAGCCUUUAUUCCGGGCGAGAGACUUCACCGAUCUACGGAAAACCUGGCAAAGUAAGAGCAUUUCCAUUUUCAGUGAUAAAAAUACAUAGAGGGAAAGGUCUAUCCCACCUACUGAACGGCUUGGUACCUAAACCGUUCGUCUUGAUUAUUGUUGUUUUGUUGUGAUGAACAAUUUAUAACUUGAUGACUAUAGGUGAAGAGCAUUGACUGCUAAAGAUAGUUUGUAAAGUAGGAGGAGAGCAUUUGACUGUUGGUUGAAGAUAUUUUGUGAAUUGUGUUAUACGUAUAUUAGAUGUUCAUUGCUUUGUGAUCAAAAUGGCAAAUUUUCCUUUUAUUAAAAAUAUUUUGUUUUGAGCUGGGAAGGAA